UGGAGCCGGAGCCGCGGCACGAGCGGGGCCCGGAGCGGGGGCCCGCGCCGCGCUGCUGAGGGAGCCCGGGCCGCCUGCUGCCCGGCCGGCCACGGCCACGGCCACGGCGGAGGCCCCGAGCUGGGAGCCACGAGAUUUGAGGCGGCGGGACCGGUCAACAGAAUGCGUCCUCCCUCUGCACGCGACCCCGAGGCCACCGAGAUGAGCGCCACGGCCGGGCCCUGGCAAGCGCCCACGUCUCACUAGCAGGGAGCCCGCCGGGCCACCAUGGUGUACUAGCCCCGAAGAGCCGCCCGCAACCUCAGGUCUGCACAGACCCGGGAUUUGCUCGGCAGCAGAGUCACCGUGGAGAGGCCAGGGUACCACAAACUUAUGGAUUUUGACAAGAAAGGAGGGAAAGGGGAGUCGGAGGAGGGUCGGAGAAUGUCCAAGGCCAGCGGCCGGACCAGCCAUGGCGUCCGGAGCUCGGGGACCAGCUCGGGGGUCCUGAUGGUGGGCCCCAACUUCCGGGUCGGGAAGAAGAUAGGCUGUGGCAACUUCGGGGAGCUCCGGCUAGGGAAGAAUCUCUAUACAAAUGAAUACGUAGCUAUUAAACUGGAGCCCAUCAAGUCCCGGGCCCCUCAGCUGCACCUGGAGUACCGCUUCUACAAGCAGCUCAGCGCCACAGAGGGCGUCCCUCAGGUCUACUACUUCGGCCCGUGUGGGAAGUACAAUGCCAUGGUGCUGGAGCUGCUCGGGCCUAGCCUGGAGGACCUGUUUGACCUGUGUGAUCGCACGUUCACACUCAAGACGGUGCUCAUGAUCGCCAUCCAGCUGAUCACGCGCAUGGAGUACGUCCACACCAAGAGCCUCAUCUACCGCGACGUGAAGCCCGAGAACUUCCUGGUGGGGCGCCCGGGCACCAAGCGGCAGCACGCCAUCCACAUCAUCGACUUCGGCCUGGCCAAGGAGUACAUCGACCCCGAGACCAAGAAGCACAUCCCGUACCGCGAGCACAAGAGCCUGACGGGCACGGCGCGCUACAUGAGCAUCAACACGCACCUGGGCAAGGAGCAGAGCCGCCGCGACGACCUGGAGGCGCUGGGCCACAUGUUCAUGUACUUCCUGCGUGGCAGCCUGCCCUGGCAGGGGCUCAAGGCCGACACGCUCAAGGAGCGCUACCAGAAGAUCGGGGACACCAAGCGGGCCACGCCCAUCGAGGUGCUCUGCGAGAGCUUCCCAGAGGAGAUGGCCACAUACCUGCGCUACGUGCGGCGCCUAGACUUCUUCGAGAAGCCUGACUAUGACUAUCUGCGCAAGCUUUUCACCGAUCUCUUCGACCGCAGCGGCUUCGUGUUCGACUACGAGUACGACUGGGCGGGGAAGCCCCUGCCGACCCCCAUCGGCACGGUCCACACCGACCUGCCCUCGCAGCCUCAGCCUCGGGACAAAGCCCAGCUGUACAGCAAAAACCAGGCGCUGAACUCCACCAACGGGGAGCUGAAUACGGACGACCCCACUGCCGGUCACUCCAACGCCCCCAUCACGGCGCCCGCAGAGGUGGAGGUGACUGAUGACACCAAGUGCUGCUGCUUCUUCAAGAGAAGAAAGAGAAAAUCGGCGCAGCGACACAAGUGACCCGGGGCAGUGGUGCCCUGAAUCCUCCCACCGCAGCCCCUGGGACCAGCUCGUCCUAGGCUGUGUGGCGCACAGCCCAGACGCAGACUGCAGGGCCGGCCGCAGCUGCCCGCCCCCCUCCCCCCCCCACGUGGGGUCACCUCCUUCACACGAGACUUUGGCCGAAAUUUCUACACCCGUGUCUAGUCCUCCCCUCCGAGAGCAUUAACUAUUUGCAACAAGGAAAGGAAACACAGCGGCCGCCCGCCCUGCGCCCCUCCCGCCGCCGAAGUGAGUAGUCGGCCGCCCUGUUGGUUUCAUAAAGUCCAGCUUGUCUCCCUCGA